AUAUAAAUAAACCCCUCUUACAACAGACCACCCGAUUGAUCCCCUUGUUAAUUUCUCCCGUCUUAUGGCAGGCGAAAUUAAACUUGAUUCUCUUCGCCCCGAUCGGUUUCUGUGCUAAUUAACUCGAUGACCAAGAUUUUCAGAAGCAGCUUCUACCGGUCGAAGCAACCACGUGAGGAGGAGGAGGAGGAGGAAUCGGCGGCGGGGGAGUACGAGUACGUGGAUCUCGAGGACGGCCAAGGCGGCAAGCAUGCCGGCGAUGGCGCACCCGGCGUGGACUCUGACGGCCCCCUCGCGUCCGAUGUUGUCUUAACCACUGUCAUCGGCAUCGCCUUCAUACUAGUGGGCUGCCCCUUGCUGCUCUUCCACCGCAGCCUCCAAACCGUGGCGACGGGGCCGGAGCGCGCCGGCGCAUUGUGCCUCGCUCUCGGGGCCGCCGCCUUUGUCCGCCUCGCCCUCCUCCGGGGCUGCGCUUGCUCCUCGUGCUGGAGGACGUCUGAUUGAGAUUUGUUCAUUCUUAGGCUUACUCCAUUCAUUGUCUCCAUUGCAUCGAGCGUUGCUUAAUCUGUUAUUAUCAUCGAUCGACUGCUGUAGCUAAUUGUGUUUGCUCUACC